CUGUGUCGUCUGGUUCGGAGGCUAGUCCAACAUGCGUGAGACCCACGGUAGGGCCGUUGAAACGUCGUGUACGCGCUUUUUUGUGUUGCGAGGUGUGCGCACUUGUGUUCUGUGCGCGCUAUUUAUAUGAAGUCACUCAAGGAGGUGCCUUCUAGUCGCCGAAAACGGGUGUAGUGACUGUACGGCGUCCACUAAGACGCCGACUGACUCGUGUGCCUUUACUAAAGUGACAGUGCUGCGCGAAUGAGGCCGUGGAAGUGCUGUACUGUAUCUGUUCCGUGAUCUGUUUUGCACAGCACAAGUGGGGAACCCUAAAGCUAGCGCCGAUAAUGUGCUGAAGCAAAAUGAGCGAUGGCGUAGGUCCCAGCAAAAAGCGCUUUAAGCAAGCUGACUUGCAGUGGUUUCUUACAACAAUGCUGGAAAAGCAUUCAUCCAAUGAGGCACGAACAAAUGCACAAAAACAUUCAAGUUCCGAAAACACGCUACAGUUCUCAGAUGUCCAGGUCAGCGCACAGUCAGCCGAAACCUCGCCUGGUGUGGCAACUAAGUUCAACUCGGACGACUUGGAAGAGAUCAACUCAUCGCAAGAACUCUUCCCUGAGCUUGAUGCUGCAAAUUCGCAAGUACCAAAGUGUCCAUCGGAUUCGGAAGAAACAGUUGUUGACUCAAGCGAUGUGCCAUGUCAGAGUGCUGAACAAAGUGAAGCAUCACUUUAUUGUUCAGAAACCCAAAGUCCGGACGACAAGACAAUACCAGACAGCUGCGAAGGUAUGUCAAGCUCACAGCAAUCAUCAGGGUCUGAGGAAAGUAUUCCUUGUUACAGCACAAUCCCAGAAACCUUCAGGCGUACACCACAUUGUGGAAUCCAGUGCCCCCAGAUGAGCCGUAAUCACACAGUUCUCUGCAAGGUGAUACGGAAUGAAAGUGGCGUUCUAAAGCCGUGCCCCCUAACACCAUAUCCAGCUGUUCCUGUUGACAAAUGGGAUGGCACACACGUCCGGCUGCCAUGUUCUCCUCAGAGCCAGUACCCACUUGAGCAGGGAAACAAUGGUGCUACAACACUUCGGAGCCGGUGGGAGCUGAUUGAAAACUCUCUCUUGGCGCCUAUCACAGACUCGCACAGCCUGGUGAAAGCCAUUCGCCAGUACAAUGGACGAGUUUCUGCCAAUUGGAACUUCAAGUGCCUUCACAAGUUCUUCGGACAGGAGCUAGAUUCCAGGGAAUCCAAGAGCUUCUUUCAGGUGCUGCUGCCCAAAAUAGUAGCCUUAGCACUUCGCCUUCCGGCUCUAGUUACUCAGCCAAUUCCCCUUCUGAAAUCCGGCCAAGAUCAGCUGCUUUCAAUGAGCCAAUUGCAAGCUGGUUGCCUUUUAGCAAAUGCCUUCUUCUGCACAUUUCCAAGAAGAAAUACACUUAAAAGCAACUCCGAGUACUCCAAUUACCCAGACAUCAACUUCAAUAGGUUAUUUUCUGGAACUAGUGACGAAGCUCGGAAAAUGGAGAAGCUAAAGUGCAUCGUGAAUUACUUCCGAAGAAUUACAAAGGAGGAGCCUACUGGAAUGCUGACAUUUCACCGGAGAUGUCUGACUGAGCCCUAUGAGUGGAGCAGUGCAAAAAACAAACUGGGCAACCUUUUUGUGUCUGAAUCGGGGUUCAUUGAACGUGAAGGGCAGGGCAUGCUCCAGGUUGACUUUGCAAACAAGUUCGUCGGCGGAGGAGUGUUGGGUGGCGGUUGCGUGCAAGAAGAGAUUCGGUUCAUGAUGUGCCCCGAGCUGAUUGUGUCUCGGCUUUUUACCGAAGCUCUUGGUUCCAGGGAAGUCCUAGUCAUUACUGGUGCAGAGCAGUUCAAUGCUACUUCUGGGUAUGCUGGCAAAUUCACAUGGGAGAAUGAUUUCAAAGAUGAAGUUCCAAGGGACCCUUGGGAGAGGAGAUGCACAGAGGUAGUCGCCAUGGAUGCGCUUUGUUUUGUGAAGCCCCAGGAGCAGUACAGACUCAACAACAUCAGGAGGGAAUUGAACAAGGCGUACUGUGGUUUCAUCUGUCACCCAGAGAUACCUCUCAUGAAGCGUUCAGCCAUUGCCACGGGCAACUGGGGCUGUGGUGCCUUUCGUGGAGACCCACAGUUGAAGGCAAUUAUUCAGCUCAUGGCAGCAUCUGUCGCGGGCCGUGACCUUGUGUACUUUACCUUUGGUGACAAGCAAUUGUGCCAAAGACUGCGGGCUCUGUACCACUUGCUUACCAACUGCAAUGUGACUGUAGAUCACCUUUACAAGCUUCUGGCGCAGUAUAGCCAGCACCAGUCCCCACAAGCAAGCCAGGGCAAAUUCCACCUUUUUGAAUAUCUGAGCCAGAAUUGUACCCCAUAAACAUAUUUGUGUUUCAUGAAA